AUGCCUCCUGGCGAACUCCUCAGAGACAUGCUCGUUUCCUGCGAAGACUACGGCGACUUCGGUGGCGUCAACUGCGUAGGGGUCAAGCGCCUCCUAGUAGGCCUCGUCGCCGUCUCAACCAUCUGCAUCCUCGCAAUCUACCUCGCAGUCCACUUCCGCAUCUGCCUCGCCCGCGACAAGAAAUCCUUCCGCUCCCUCGCCAUCGACUUUGAGACGCUCGAAAAAGUCCAUAAGACGCUUAAGAACCAGCACGAAUUCAUCCGCGAGGACUGUCGCAACUUGCAGAUGACGCUCGACUUUUACAUCAAGGAGUACGGUCGGCACCCGCGCCAUAAUCAGUUGCGGUUCGAGCCUUGGCAGGGGGAACAAACUUCUGGUGUAACUGAUGUCGGCUCUGCUUCGGGUAAUGGACGGCUGCGUGAGGAUGAGGACGUCUUUGUGGUUGAAGAGCCUUCGCAGGAGGAUUUGAAUGGCGGGGUUGAGGAGGGUGAUGUCGCGGAUGGCGGUGACCGUGUUCCGCGGUUCAGCGAGGAGAAAAAGAGGAAGCAAGGGGCAAGGUAG